UAAGUAAAAGCGUAAGAGAAUUACGGCGUCGUUAAUGUUUCGGGUCAGUAGUCAGGUGUCACGAAUCACGGAGUUCGGACCACGUGUAUUAGGCACAGUAACAAAAAAAAAGAACAAAUCUCCACCGUUGGAAAAAUCAACGGCUUAAUAUGCAUCAUCUCUCCAUUCGAUCGCCUUUUUAACACUCACUAGUCUCUCCCCGUCCAACCCGAAAAGGAUAACGGAGCUAAAUUAAAACAAAAAAAAAGCCAACGAAAAGAGAAAAAAAAUGGGUGAUUGUAUGAGGAGCUGUAAACGAAGUGCAGAAACAGCAGAGAUGGAAGAAGCUUCAAGCGCCGGCUUCUCACUAUCAAAGAGAAGAAAAACCGUUGGUUCUCGAGAAUUGAAAGAAUUGGAGUUAACUUCAACGGACAUUGAGCUCGAAAACCCUCGUUUCCUUCCAAGUUCACAAUACAAGCCUAUUACUGCCACUUACUCGAAUUCUGGUGGAAUGCUCGCCUGCGACAUGUGUUCGAGCCUCUGCUCCGGCGAGUCAUUUGCUUCUUGUUGUUCUAGCAAUGAGUCCUGUGAUAUUGUCAACGAUAGCUUGAGAUUAGUAGAUCUACAGGCCAAGAGUUUUGAAACUGAAAUCUCAAUGUGCAUCGAUAAAUUCAGUAGAGAAACAACUCCAUUAAGCGAGCUCUCUGGAGACUCAGAGGAAAUGGAAUCGCCUGAGAAAAAGAAGUCACCAACAACGGCGAAGCCACCGGAGACGCCGCCACAAGCGGAGAUCGACGAGUUCUUCACUGUCGCUGAAAAGUACGAGCAAAAACGAUUUACAGAGAAGUACAAUUAUGAUAUUGUUAAGGAUGUGCCUCUCGACGGUCGAUUCCAGUGGGUUCGGUUAAAACCCUGAAGACGGAGAAACAUAGAAAGGAAGGUCAGACUUACACGAGGUAG